GAGCUGUCUAAUGUAGAGUUGAAGCCCUUGGAGCCUGCUGUGCCUCCUCCCUUGAGCCCUCCUGCUCUUGGAGGUUCACUGAGGCUUGCUUUAGUUGGGCAUGUCUAAGGAAAACAGGAUGUGAAGGAAGAAGUGGUAAUGUGAUCCUUGGGAGAUUUGCAUCCCAGCAAGAGCAGCUGGUUCCAGGCCCAGUAAUGGCUCAUUUGUCAUGCUGAGGAAAAUUUAAAAAGGAGACUCCUUCCCGGCCAGACACUGCUGCCUACUUUUCCAUUUCGGUGAAUCUCUUGCUCCCACCAUCAGCACCACAACUACGGAGGCUUCGGUGUGAGAAGAUGGUUCCAAUCUUCUUUUUCUCUGCUGUUAUUGUCUCGGUAGUUUUGGAUUUUGUGGGACUCAUCUUGAGUCUGUUCAUCGCGGUGGUCAGUUACAAGACUUGGGUCACGAGGCACAGCCUCUCCUCUUCCGAUAGGAUCCUGUUCAGCUUGGCCAUCUCCCGACUUCUUAUGCUGGGACUCGUUCUACUGUACGUGACCAUCUUCUUCGUCACCCUGAAUACUGAAAGGUCAGUUUGUUUGUCCGCUUUUUUCCUGUUGUCUUGGAUGUUUUUGAACUCUAGCAGUCUCUGGUUUGUAACCUUGCUCAACACCUUGUACUGCGUGAAGAUCGCUAACUUCCAACACUCAGUGUUUCUCCUGCUGAAGCGCCAUCUGUCCCCAAAGGUCCCCAGGCUGCUGCUGGCCUGCAUCCUGACUGCUGCCCUCACCACGAUCCUAUUCUUUGUGCUCAGCCAGACAUCACCCUUUCCUGAGCAUGGGACCAGUAGGAACAGCACAGUAUUUGAUAUCAGUGAGGGCAUCUUGUCUUUGGUGACCUUGUUGCUCCUGGGCUCUUUUCCCCAGUUCAUUGUAAAUGUGACUUCUGCUUCCUUGUUAAUAUAUUCCUUGCAGAGACAUAUCCAGAAGAUGCAGAGGAAUGUCACCGGCUUUUGGAACCCCCAGACAGAAGCUCACAUGGGGGCCGUGAAGCUGAUGAUCUACUUCCUCAUCCUCUACAUCCCGUAUUCAGUUGCUACCCUGGUCCAUUACCUCCCUUCUUCUACAGGGAUGAGUUUGUCAGCCAAAGCUGCUUGUGUGAUGAUUUCUGUCCUCUACACCACAGGGCAUUCUGUCCUCCUUAUUCACACACAUCCCAAACUGAAAACAAAAGCAAAGCAGAUUCUUUGUUUCAACAAACAGUGACAUUUCAGUAGGAAACAGUGGCUGGAGUUCCCCAGUGGCAUUUCAGUAGGAAACAGUGGCUGGAGUCCCCCGUGGUGACUCCAUGGCUUCCAGGCGCCAGGUUUCUCUGUUAGCUUUCCCAGUGGCCUGAGGAAUGUGUGUUUGUAAUUGCUGAUCCAAUAUCCCAGGCCUUCCAGUGCACACAUUUCAGUUUGUUCUGCUUUUUUUCCCUCCCAUAUUUUAAAAUUAGGCACUUUUUCUAGGGGACUUGUGGAACGUAUUACUUAACAUGUGUUUUGCAUAGGCAUUACAUCUCUAAAUAUUGGAAAUUGUCACAUUGUUCCAUUGGCUACUUAAGUACAAUGGGAAGUUCCCCCAAAUCUAGCAAUACUUGUAGUGCACGUUGUCAGUUAAAUUUGGUGGUUUAGCUGAGGAGUCUGUGUGGUAUCGACAACGGGUAAGUGGUCACCGAGAGCACUUGUUGUUAGCUGCCUUCGAGCCAGCCCCCGUCUCAUGGUCCCACGCCCAGCAGAAUGAUACUCCGCCCAGUCCUGUGCCAUAGGCUUUUCAU